UUUUUCUAGGAUUAGAGAACGGCGGGUGCAGGUCUCCUAUGGACAGAAGGCUCAAAGAAGCUGAAAGUCCUGUUCCGCAGAGGUGAGCGAGACGAGGAAUUCGUGAACGGCGAUGGUCAGGUGCAGCCACUUCCAGGUUUGGUGCAGGGUGCUAAUGCGGUACCUGAGUUUUAUGCAAUCUCUGCACUCUUUUAACAUUCCUCUUUCGGGUCGGUUGGUUCGGAAAAUUGGUCUCGGCAGAAAACUAACCGGCUCGUCGGAUGCUGCAGGGUGGCUUACGUGAGCAGAUCUCGGUGCGCCUGGUAACAAGGACAAAAUUCAGCGCUCUCACGGUGAAACUCGUCUCUCGCUCGCAACUUAACUGUGUCUCGUCUGCCCUCGCGACUCCUGAUCGUCUCGUAACCCUUUUCUUUUUCUGUUUGAUGAUCACGGUCUGAUCAUGUGAUCGUUGCCAACUGCCGCCAAAGAGUCGUACUUCCUAGUUAAAAAAUUCUGAAAAGGUCCACCAUCACCGAAACUUAUCCCCCACUCCACUUAACUUGUGUUGGCAGCAUUGUAUUUACUUUUCCUGACUCAUUCCCCUCUGAUUACAAAAAAUUAAAAAUGAGAUUUUGAUAUUCAAUUGAUAUAUUAUUGCUAUUAAAAUUAAGGCUUAUAAUUUUUACUUUCUUGAAUUUCUAUAUUUUAAUUGAAGUUCUAACAAAAAAAUAAUUUGUACAAUAGCUCCAUUUUUGCUAAUUUUCAUGUUGUUGUUAUUCAUCAUCUAAAAAGCCGCCCCUUUUUGAAAAUGGUUGUCUUUUGACGAAACGCCAACCUAAUAUCAGUCAUAUUCUAUGGACUUAAAAAUAAUGACUUACGACUAAAAGUAAAGCAAAAAAUACUUUUUUCAUUUUAUUUUAAUUCACAAAAAUUAAGUUAAAAUUUUAAGCACAUCCAAUCAAAAGCAGAAUUUUUAAUAUAAUAUGUAUUUAAAUUUUUGUCAAGGUGGUUAAACUAUACAAGCAAGCAAAAGUUUUUGUUUUCAGUUUCAGCUUGUUUCAGCCCAAGGAAGCCUUUGCCGGUGAAUUUGACAAAAUUUGUAGCGAUUUAGUAAAAAAAUCUGCGGAAAUGAGUGCCGGAAUGCUUUACGGCGGUGACGAGAUAGGAGCCCUCGUCUUCGACGGCGGCCACUACUCGUUCCGCGUCGGCUACGCGCAGGAAGACACCCCGAAGGCCGAGAUUCCGGCAGUUGUCGGCAUCGGCGAGGACGCCAACGGUAUGGCCGUGAUCGAGGGUGAGGCCAUGGAGGUGGAUGAGAAGAAACCCGACCCUUCCAGCAUCAACCAGAGCAACAAGAAGUACUACAUUGACACGACCAGUCUGUGUGUGCCUCGGCAGGGCGUUGAGGUCACCAGCUACAUGAAGGAAUGCAUGAUUGAGGACUGGGAUUUGUUUGAAAAAGUUCUUGAUUACUCUUACAAGAAGAUCAUCCAGUCUGAGUCCGAGUUUCAUCCGGUCUUGAUGUCCGAAGCACCGUGGAAUGUCCGGCUCAAGAGGGAGAAGUUGACCGAGCUCAUGUUUGAAAAGUACAAUGUUCCGGCGUUUUUCUUGGUCAAGAACGCCGUCCUUGCAGCUUUUGCCAACGGCAGAUCGACUGGCCUGGUCGUGGACAGCGGUUCCACCCACACCACAGCCGUACCUGUCCUGGACGGCUACGUUUUGGGACAAGCAAUCGUCAAGUCGCCGCUCGGUGGAGAUUAUAUCAGCAUGCAGUGUACAAAAUUCCUUGAGGAGAAUGAUAUUGAUCUGUCGCCCACCUACUUGGUAGCAGGAAAGGAAGCCGUAAAAGAAAGGGAAAAGCCUCGAUGGACAAAACGCAAAAACGUACCAGAGGUCACUAGGAACUGGCAUAACUAUAUGGUUCGAAAGGUGGUCCAAGAUUUUCAGGCAACUUCUCUACAAGUAUUAGAAACGCCAUUUGACGAAAAGAUUGUCGCCAACAUUCCAACGGUUCACUACGAAUUUCCCACAGGGUAUAACCAGGACUUUGGAGCUGAAAGAUUCCGUAUUCCAGAGGCUCUCUUUGACCCAAGCAUGGUCCGAGGAAAUACUAUGCUUGGAGUUGGUCACAUAGUGACGACCAGUGUUGGAAUGUGCGAUGUUGACGUCAGGCCUAGCUUGUACGGCAGCGUAGUUGUUACUGGAGGAAACUCAUUCCUGCAGGGCUUCCCCGAGCGCUUGAACCGAGACCUUUCAGUGAAGAUACCAAACAGCAUGCGUUUGAAAAUGAUCAGUGCAAACGGUUGUGCGGAGAGACGCUUUGGUGCUUGGAUUGGUGGCUCUAUUCUUGCCAGUAUCGGCUCCUUCCAGCAAAUGUGGCUCUCCAGCCAGGAAUACGAAGAAGGCGGCAAGCAACAAAUUGAGCGGAAAUGCCCGUAAUUUUUAAACGUAGAAUAAUUUUUGUAUUAAAUAAGAAAAUGUGCGUCAUUUACAACUUUUGAAUUUCGCAUAACUUUUAGUAGCUAAAAGUCUUUAAUUUUAAGGCCCAUUAAAUAAAUUAGAAUGUGGAG